UGGAGCUUGACGGCGGUGGGAAGGUGACAGCGGUGAUACUCUGGGCGGUGGUGGAGCCAUGGCUCGCACGAAGCAGACGGCGCGCAAGUCUACAGGCGGCAAGGCACCACGCAAGCGGUUGGACGCUAAGGUGGCUCGUAAGAGCGCACCUGCUACCUGUGGCAUGAAAAGGCCUCACCGGUUUCGGCCCGGCACUGUAACGCUGCGCGAGAUCCGCCGCUUCCAGAAGUCCACGGAGCUGCUCAUCCGCAAGCUGCCGUUCCAGCGGCUGGUGCGGGAGAUUACCCAGGACUUCAUAGCGGAUCUGCGUCUUCAGACCUCAGCUGUGAUGGCGCUGCAGGAAGCGUGUGAGGCCUAUCUGGUGGGUCUUUUUGAAGACACCAAUUUGUGUGCCAUCCACGCCAAGCGUGUAACUAUCAUGCCUAAAGACAUGCGGUUGGCAAGGCGUAUCCGUGGCGAGCGUGCUUAAGCGCUGUGCACGCAGCU